AUGGCAGCCCUACAGGAGAAGAAGUCGUGCAGCCAGCGCAUGGCCGAAUUCCGGCACUACUGUUGGAACUCGGACACUGGGCAGAUGCUGGGUCGCACCCCAGCACGGUGGGUGUGGAUCAGCCUCUACUAUGCAGCCUUCUACGUGGUCAUGACGGGGCUCUUCGCCUUGUGCAUCUACGUGCUGAUGCAGACCAUCGACCCCUAUACCCCAGACUACCAAGACCAGUUGAAGUCACCGGGGGUAACCUUGAGACCUGAUGUGUACGGGGACAGAGGGCUGAAGAUUUCCUACAACGUCUCUGAAAACACCUCCUGGGCUGGCCUCACAGACAUCCUCCACAGUUUCUUAGCAGGCUACACCCCAGCAUCCCAGCAGGACAGCAUCAACUGUACCUCCGAAAAGUACUUCUUCCAGGAGAGUUUUGCGGCUCCAAACCACACCAAGUUCUCCUGCAAAUUCACUGCAAACAUGCUGCAGAACUGCUCCGGCCUGGUGGACCCCAGCUUCGGCUUCGAGGAGGGAAAGCCCUGCUUCAUUAUUAAAAUGAACAGGAUUGUCAAGUUCCUGCCCAGCAACAACACAGCCCCCCGAGUGGACUGCACCUUCCAGGAGGAUCACCGACAUCCCCAGAAGUACCCUGAGCCCCUGCAGGUUGAGUACUACCCACCCAAUGGUACCUUCAGCCUCCACUACUUCCCCUACUACGGCAAGAAAGCCCAGCCCCAUUACAGUAACCCUCUGGUGGCAGCAAAGCUUCUCAACGUCCCCAAGAACACAGAAGUCCUCAUCGUGUGCAAGAUCCUGGCAGACCAUGUGACCUUCGACAAUCCCCACGACCCGUAUGAAGGGAAAGUGGAGUUCAAGCUUACAAUACAGAAGUAA